CCCCCCCCCCCAACCUCUCCCUCCGCGCCAUGGAGCCCAAGAAAACCACGGUGUGGGGAAACCUGCGGCAGAAAGCCAAGCCGCUGUUCCGGAACAUCAGGAAGGGGAAGCUGAACGGCCGAGGCCUGGGGAAGAAGCAGCCCCUGAGCCACCGGCUCAGCAUGUCCGUCCCCGAUCUCCGGUGCACCGAGGACCCGCCCGCCGACGUGCCCGGCGCCUUCUUUCUCCUCGACGACGACGACGACGACGACGACGGCGGCCUGUCCUUGAGCGGCUCCUCCUGCACCUCGGUCCCCGGGGCCGCCGAGAGAGUUCCCGCGCCGACCGCGGCGAAGAACGGGGAGGCGGCGCCAGCGAAGAGAGAGGUUUUAGCCGAAGGGAGGAGGCCUGCGGACAGGUGGACUCCGCCCACAGAGAGACUGACCGUCGACAAACCGGCCGCGCCCACAGAAAAGGCGACCGCGCCCACGGGCAGGCCGCACAAGCUUGUGCAAAGACUGGUCAUCCGAGCGGAUAAGCGGAUCAUGCCGGCAGAGAGCCUGACCGAUACCACCGACAGCCUGACCGUGGCCUCAGAGAGAGCGACCGUGCCAGCAGCGACCGUGACCGCGCCAGCAGAGACGGCGACCGUGCCGGAUGAAAGGGUGACCGCGCCUGUGGACAGGGUUACCGCACUUUCCGAAACCAUGACCGUGACUUCAGAAGGAACAGAUGAGCCCACGGGCAAACUGACCGUGCCGGCAGAGAGAGCAGCCCCGUCAGCUGAAAGAGUGACCGCGCCCGUGGAGGCGGCGACCGCGGCGUCAGAAAGACCGAACGAGGCCACUGACGAACUGACCGUGCCCGUGGAAAGAGUGGCCUCACCCGUGGAAAGAGUGGCCUCGCCCGUGGAAAGAGUGACCUCGCCCGUGGAAAAGUUGACCAUGUUCUCAGAAGGAACAAACGAGCCCGCUGACAAACUGACCGCGCCGGCUGGGACCGGGACCGGGACCGCGCCAGCCGAAAAGGCGACGGCGCACACCGACAGGCUGUCCGCGCUGCAGCAAAAGCUGGCCGGGCUGGCGCACCGCGUCCGUGCCGACCGCCAGCCCCGGGCGCCCGCCAGCGCCAGCGCCAACCCCAGCCCCAGCCCCUCCCCUCGGCCCAAACGGAUCUACUCCUUCGGCGACGCGGAGCCCGAGCUCUGGAGGCGGAAGGAGCCGAGCGGCGCCGAGCUCCUCGCCACUCAGCUGGAGGAGGCCGAGAUGGACUCCUCAGAGGACAGCAACGAGAUCAAGGAUGGCAGCGAGCUUGACCCCACCGCCAUGCCGGAGGAUCAGGUGUCUAAGGGGGCCGGUGAGGGCACGCCGACCCCGGGGCAGAAGACCUUCUACCUCCUCACCAUAACCCUGAAGGAGGGCAAGAACCUGGUGAUACGGGAUCGCAAUGGCACAAGUGAUCCAUACGUCAAAUUCAAACUGGACGGCAAGAUGUUCUACAAAAGCAAAGUCGUCUACAAAAACCUCAACCCCACGUGGAACGAAUCCUUCUCUUGUGCUGUCAAGGACCUGGAUCAGAGCCUCCAUCUCAGGGUGUACGACCGGGACCUGACCACCGAUGACUUCAUGGGUGCCACCAGCGUCAAGCUGAGCGACCUCGAACUGGACAAGACCUGUGAGGUGGUGCUCCCCCUAGAGGACGCAAACAGUAUUGAGGACGACAUGGGCACCAUUCACAUGGACAUGAAUCUGGCAGUGAGAGAUGCAGAGCCUAAAAGAAACAGAUGGCUAAGGAGGAAAAGAAGCAUUAAGGCUGCCGGGCGAGCCCAGGCCCUGCAGAAUUCGGUGGACCUCCUGAGGAAGAGCCAGCUGUGGAGUUCGGUGGUGGGCGUGACCCUGGUGGAGGGGAAGGACUUUCCUGAGGACGGCCUGGGGGACGUGUUUGUGCGCUUCAGGCUGGGAGACCAGAAGUACAAGAGCAAGUACCUCUGCCGGCAGGCCAACCCGCAGUGGCGAGAGCACUUCGACUUCAACCAGUUCCAGGAUGGCCCCGAACUGCUGGAGGUGGAGGUUCUGGCUAAGGAUGGAAGGAAGUUUGAGGAGUGCUUGGGAGUGUGUGACGUGGAUCUGGCGCGCGUGCCCGUCGGGCAGUCUCAGCUGUACACGCGUGUGCUGGGUCACGGAAAGGGCAGGCUGGUCUUCCUGGUCUCUCUGACACCCUGCACGGGGGUGUCCAUCUCAGACCUGUGCACCCCCCCGCUGGACGAGCCGUGUGAGAGAGAGUCCCUGCAGGAGAGAUACUGCUUGAGGAACUCCUUCCAGAACACGCGAGACGUGGGCUUCCUCCAGGUGAAGGUCAUCAAAAGCACGGACCUGCUGGCGGCGGAUCUGAACGGGAAGAGCGAUCCUUUCUGCGUGCUGGAGCUGGGGAACGACAGGCUGCAGACUCACACCAUCUACAAGAACCUCAACCCCGAGUGGAACCAGGUUUUUACCUUCCCAGUCAAAGACAUUCACGAUGCCCUGGAGGUGACCGUUUAUGACGACGAUCGGGACAAAGCGCCGGACUUCCUGGGCAAAGUGGCCAUCCCUUUGCUUUCGAUUCACAACGGUGAACAGAUCCCCUACCAGCUGAAGAGAGAGGACCUGGACAGGCCGUACAAGGGCAGCAUAACCUUGGAGCUGGAGGUUCUGUAUAACCCCGUUCGAGCAAGCAUCAAAACCUUCCAACCCCAGCAGAAUAAAUUCAUGGAGGAUGACCCAAAGUUUUCCAAAAAGGUGCUGGCGCGGGACGUGUACCGUGUGAGGAAGAUCACGCGCGCCGUGCUCUACACGCUGCAGUACAUCAAGAGCUGCUUCCAAUGGGAGAGCACGCAGAGGAGUGCCAUCGCCCUGGUGAUCUUCGUCUUCACGGUGUGGCACUGGGAGUUCUUCAUGCUGCCGCUCUUCCUCUUCCUCCUCAUCGUUUGGAACUACGUCCAGGUCGCCACCGGGAAGGUCAACAGCACCCCCGACUUGGAAGCCAUUGACGUAGGAGAUGAUGAAGAGGAAGAGGAGAAGGAUGGAGAGAAAAGAGGACUGAGGGACAAGAUUCACAUGAUUCAGGAGAUUGUGGUGACCGUUCAGAACCUUCUGGGAGAACUCGCAUGCAUUGGGGAAAGAAUCAAAAACACUUUCAACUGGUCGGUGCCGUUUCUGACCAUCCUGGCCGGCCUGGUCCUCCUGGUGGUGACAGUGCUGACGUUCUUCAUCCCCCUGCGCUACAUUGUUCUAAUAUGGGGUAUUAACAAAUUUACCAAGAAGCUUCGGAAGCCGUACGCCGUGGACAGCAGCGAAGUGCUGGACUUCCUCAAGCGCGUGCCGUCCGACGUUCAGAAGGUGCAGCACCUGGAGCUGAGAGCCACCAGCAGCCAGACGCCCGCCAGGAAGAAGCGCUGAAGGCUGCCGGCCCGGGGAAGACUCCACCCGAGGGCGCCAAGGACUGUCACUGCACUCACCGCCAUUCGCUCUGCAAAGAACGUCAGCUGCACUCACCGCCAUUCGCUCUGCAGAGAACGUCAACCCCGCCGUAACGCGUACAAACACUGAGGCUUCCCGGCUAUCUGCGUUUAGCACUGCAUCAGCGCUGCCAACCGGAAACACUUCUCACUUUACAAUGUGGCUGGUGUUUAACUUCAUUUACAGCGUUCCUGGUGGGGUGUUUACAUUCUCACAGCUCCUGCUGUUAUUGCUGCAUUGACAUUCCAGCACAUUUUGGCGUAAUAAAAAUCUCAAGGAAACUCUUCCUAACAACUGGAAAACGUGGUAAUUGUUUUAAACGUGUAAUUGAAAGAUUGAUUCUUCCAAAAUGUUGAGAGCACCGCCAACUAAAGCUUGUUUAAAAAAAUUGCUCAUCCCAAAAAUACUCUAAAGCAUCUGAAUAUACUUUAUAUAAAAAUAUUUGCAUCUAACAUUAAAAGCCGUACUAUUUAAUUGGGGGUAAGAGGGUGGGAUUAAUAACCAUACUCCUUUUAAAAAUAUUCUCCUUUUUAAAUCGUAUCAAUAAUGCUGGUGCUGACCAUGAACAAGGAACUGUAUUCUGUAUUGUAUGCAGUAAUGCACUGUUUGCCUAUUAGUUAAAAUGCCACAGAAUAUUGCUGAGGGUUCUGUGGCAAAUGUGAGGGAUUUAUUUACCAUGUAAUUAUAAUUUUAUAUAAGACAUAUUCAAUAACACGGAUUAUUUUCAUCACCAUUUUACAGCACCUAUUGAUAUUAAAUUGAAUGCUAAAUAUGGUUUUAUGGAUGAACAUGUUGAUGGUUUUAUGUUUAUAUUCUCUGAUGUGUCCGAAUGUACGGAUUUGCUGUAAAUACGUUUAUAAAGAAAUAGGAAACGGG